CACUGAGAAACUUCAUGGAUGCACUCCACUCCAACGAAUCAGAACGUGACAAAUAUCCUAUCCUCACGCGCCUCAUACAAAACAUCCAAUCCCAUACAUACUUAAUCGAUUCGAAUCAAUCAAUCAAUCAGCACGCUAGCUGCACCGCUAUAUAUAUCGCUGGCUGGAUGCGAUGCAUGUGAGAGCUGUCUGGUCUGCGGGCACGUACAUGUAUGUCCACACGCAUUGCAUUCUUGCAACGGCUCCAGAAACUAAUUGCAACAGAACAUCAACAAAACCGCUGGCCGGCGGAUCGUCGCCCAUCCAAAAGAGGGCGCGCCCUCAGGCUGCCGUAGGCCCCAUGUCUGUCUGUCUGUCCAUUGUCUGUCCAUGUGGUUGGUGUGUAUGCUAUGGUAGGUACCCACACUGCAGCUAGUGCAGGUGCGCUACACGCCCGAGAACUGCAGUAGUUGUGUGAGGGUGUCUUGUGGGUCGCCAGUGAGUCUGUUGCGCAGGAGGGCGUGGAGCGGCCCGCCGCUCUUGAGCGUCUCCUUGGAACCGAUCUUCUUCAACGCGUAAAAGGACAAUGUCACCUACACACACCCACACCCACACAGACGUAGAGCCAGGCAGGGAGGCGAGGCCUCCAGCCCAGUAGCGCAAUGCAUGCAAUUUGUGUACCUCCGUGACGAUGCGAUCGAUGGAGACGAACUCAUCACCGAAGGCAUUCCUGAAGACGACACACACACAGAGACGGACGCAGUGAGUGAAGUGCGAGGGCGUGUGUGUGGUGCUUGCUGGUCAGGCAGUGCAGUGCAUCCCCUCCCUACCUGAGGAAUUCUGUGAUGCAUCUUGCGUUAUUGGGUUUUGACAGCGCAUCCUUGGCCAGCUUGGACAAUGCCCCAGACUUAACAACACAACAGCACGCACAACAAACCAUUGAUGGAUGGAUCGGUGGGCAGAUGGCGGUUUGCUCGCCUCGCCUACUUUGGGGUCUUUGAGUUCGAUGGGGUCUCCCUGCUCGUCCUCCGCCGCCAUGUACCUCAUCCACCCCGCCAGACCCAGCGAGCAGUGGUGGAUGUGCAGACCUCGAUCACACAACUCCUGCACAUCCACGCCCCAUCCCAUCGACACAAACGAACAGACGACUCCAUCAAAUCAACGCAGACGACUCCUUUCAUCCGUCCUUACCAUGACGGAUUCGCGCAUGGUGUUGUAGAACUUGGUGGAUCCGUCCUCUGCGAUGCGUGCGAUCUUGUCCUUGAUGAAUCGGUUGCCGAACCGCUCCACAAUCUUCUCCUUGUACCGCUCGAUCUCGAUCCGCACGUUCUUGACCGUCGGGGUCACCUCGUCCAUAUACGAUCGCAGAAAUGACGACACCAGCACGUCAGCUACAGCAUCGUCCACAAACCUGCACGGCACGGCAAGCAGACCGACAGACACACACACAGCCGGCCGGAUGCAUUCAGUUGAGAUGGUGUGGUGUGGUGUGUGGUGUGUGGUUGCCUGUAUCCGAGAAGGUAUCCGAGGUAGGCGAGGACGCCGUGGCCGCCGUUGAGCAGGCGCAGCUUCAUCAGCUCGUACGAAUGCACAUCCUUGACGAACAUCGCACCCACCUGGUGGACACAUACAAACAACCCAAUCCAAUCCAACAACCCAACACAACACAAGACACCAUGGGGGCGGUGGGCUGGUUGGGGUGAUCUCUCGUGUGUGUGCUGUGUGGCAUCAAUGUAGCCGCCCCCUCCCUCCCUCGUGUGGUAACAAACAGACAUGUUCAAAUCGCGGGCGGCCACACGAGAACUUGUCCUGCAUUGUAUGUCACACACACGUGCACCGCACCGGAUACGCACCAUUCGGUUGCGUGUUGUGUUGCGUUGUCGGCUGUUUCUUUCUUACCUCAAUGACCCACUGUCUGAAUUCCUCGGCCACGACAGGCCAUUCGUCGAGGAGCAGGAAGUCCUGGGCCAGGAUGUCGCGGUGCUCGGGGCCCGUCUGGGGCGUGAUGCGAUCAACCAUCGAGCUGGGGAAGCUGCACAGAUUGAUGUGAUGACCAGAAACAUUUGCACACAGGCACGGAGAGAGAACGAUGAUAGGUGGGUGAGAUGGGAGUGAGAGGGGCUUGCAGGCCCGCAUGCCGCGGUGGGCUAUAGUCACCAGACAUUCUCUUCGACCCAUUCCUUGAGUGCCCCCGAGGGGUCGUAGCGGCCGGCGAAAUCCAACACCAUUCGCCGAGCAACCUGAGAGAGGGGCACACACACAUCCGACACGACAAGCUCCCCUCCCCAGCCAUCCCAUCCUUCUGUGUGUCGGUGAGUCAGUCAGUCUUACAAUUCCGUUCUCCGGCAGGUUGUCGCAGGCCAUGACGGUGAAGGGCACUUGGUUGGCGUCCCGACGGCGGAUCAGACCCGCUGUGAUGAACCCUAUCGCACUCGACGGACAUGACAGAUCCUGAAUGAACCCAGACAGAGAAACGGGGGACACAGAGAAUGCGUGUGCAUUCCCGUGCGUCGUUCUUUCCCUGCCUGCCUUGAGGUCGUGUUGUAUGAGGGGGUUUUGGAAGUCGAGGCCGCCGUCCGUGGCCUGGCAGUAGCCCUUCUCCGUCACAGUGAGGCUGACGAUCUUGGUGCGGGGGUCGCUCACACGCUGGAUGGCCCGCUCGGGCUGGUCGGGGACGUACACGUAGUCCAUCAUCGAACCAACCACACGCGCAGCGUUCGACGUGCUGCUCCGCGUCAACACCUGCCCAACACACAGCACACACAAAGAUGUGCAUAUCGGCAGACGCACACGAAACGCCCCUCUACCCUACCACAACCACCAAGACUGACUGACCGUGUAGAGGUAGUCUUGGUUUCUGAGAGCGUCUCUCAUUUUGGUGUCGAAUGGCAUGAGGCCCACGCCGCAAAGGCCCCACUUGGGGUCCUUUGCGAGGGACUCGGCCGACUCGCCCCCGCCCCCUCCCCCGCCCGCCUUGGGGCUGCUGCUGCCGCCCGUCGCGUGCAGAGACUCGCGGGCCCUCGCCUGAGCCGUCAGCAACUCUGAUCGAUAGAUAAUGGAGAAGAGACGAGAUGAGAUGAGAGCUGGUUGGUUGGCCUGUGUGUGUGGUUGGUAUGACUGACUGACUGACUGACCGUCCAGGUAGACGGCCUGGUGUGACCUGUGGAAGCCGCCCACACCGAUGUGCAUGAUCCAGCAAUCCACAGUCGAGGCGUCGCGGUUGUAUCCUGCAGACCACACAUAUAUAUGAAGGCAGGAAUGAUGCUUGUCUUGUGUGUGGGAGUGUGUGUAUCUGCCUGGCCUGCACCAUCCCUGCACUGGAACCUAACCGUACCUACCGGGUAUUUUGAGUUCGUGCCACCUAUUGGCCUCUGAGAGUUUCUUGAUACGCGGCAGGUUGGCCUGGCAGAUGGGCAGCAGCAGCGACUUCUUCCGCGCCUCGUCCAAUGACAGCAGCGGCGUGUGCGGCGAAAAAUAAAACCGCAGCCAGUCCUCCUCGUUGGCGAAGUGGUGCGGCGUGGUCGGGGCCGCACCCACAGCAGCAGCACCACCACCACCGGCGGCGGCGGCAUCCUUGUCGUCGAUCAGCUGCUCAUCGGCGAAGUCCUCACGGCUGGCACGCCGCUGGAAGUCGACGCGGGUCUUGGCGGUGGCGUCGCCCUUCCUCUGCUUGCGCUCAAACAGAUCCUUGGCCUCACCACGAGCACCUGAGCAGUGAGUGAACGGGACACAUACACACACACAAGGGACCGACCAUACGUUUCAAUGGUGUGGUUGCUGCUUGCUUCUGUUGGCUGGACAUCUGACUGACCCUUGGCUCCGUGGAGGCGCCAGUUCUGGUAGCCUGCAGCCACAGAAAAGCACAUGUAUGUCAGACACACACACAGAGAGAGAUGGAUGCCGGGCCUUUCAUUCAUUCCGCGUGUGUCAUGUAUGUGACUGACCUUUUCUGAACUCGUUGGUCUUUUCGCGAAUGCGGGCGAUGGUCUCAUAGCCGGGCAGCGAUAAAGGCGCUGCCUCGUCAGGCAGGAUGAGGUUGAGGGCGGCAAAUUCAUUCGACUCAGGGGUGAUCUCCUCGCUCUCCCGCCGGUCGGGAAGCACUGCGGGGGCGCCGCUGCGCUCCUUGUCAACCUUGCUCUCCACCAUCGACAAACAAACGGCCGAUACGCACGAAGCAACCGAAGCGGACGCUGGCGCCCGGAUACUGUGAGAAAGGCGGCUGGUUGUGUAUCCAGUAUGCAAAGUAGCGGCUUAAUUCGAAGAUGCGUGUGGCCUC